CGGGGCGGGCCGGGGUCAGCCGGGGCCGCCCGCAGCCGCCGCCCGCAGCUGGAGAGCGCGGGCAGGGCCGGGCAGGGCCAGGGGCCGGAGCCGCCCCCGAGGGAGCGGCCGGGGAGGCGCCGGAGGGGCUGCCCGAGCCGGUGCAGCCUCGAGUCGCUGCCCCCGGCGGGCCCGAGCGCUACCGCUUCGCACUCGGGACAUGAACUUGAUCGACAUCCUUUGGAGGCAAGAUAUUGACCUUGGGGCAAGACGUGAAGUUUUUGAUUCUAGUCAGCGGCAGAAGGAGUAUGAACUUGAGAAACAGAAGAAACUUGAAAAGGAAAGACAAGAGCGGCUCCAAAAAGAGCAGGAGGAAGCCUUGCUGGCUCAGCUGGAGUUAGACGAAGAGACAGGUGAAUUCAUCCCUGUGCAGCCAGCUCAGUGCAUUCAGUCAGAAAACACUGAGGCACCCGUUGUUUUCUCACAGACCCCAGAGCCUUCAAAACCAGAAGCAGAGGCCUUGUCCUUUGAUGACUGCAUGCAGCUCUUGGCAGAAGCAUUCCCGUUUAUAGAUGAGCAUGAGGCUUCUUCAGCUGCAUUCCAGUCACUGGUUCCUGCUCAGGUCAGUAGCAACCCAGCCUUUGUUUCCUCAGAUCAAACUCAGCCGCCUGAAUCCCCUGACCUAGUUCAGCCCACUGAUGCAGAGAAUAUGCAGAACAUAGAGCAAGUUUGGGAAGAAUUACUGUCCCUUCCAGAGUUACAGUGCCUGAACAUCGAAAGCGACAGCCUGGCUGAGGUGAGCACAGUGACGAGCCCUGACACCAAGCCAGCAGAGAUGCACAACAGCUACAGCUACUGCAGCUCACUACCCGUGCUGAAAAGAGACGUUACCUGCAGUCCAGAUCUCCUGGAUGGUAUGGAGGGCCCCUUCCCGGGCAUUUUGCCACCAGAAGACAGCAGCCAGCUGAGUGUGAACUCUUUAAAUGACACAUCCCCUUCAAGCCCGGAUUUCUGUGAGGAUUUCUACACCACGUUUAUUGAUACAAAGGUGAACGGUGAUGCAACAGCAACGAACACUAUCAGUCAAUCCCUGGCAGAGAUUCUAAGUGAACCUAUUGAUCUUUCUGACUUUGCACUGUGUAAAGCUUUUAAUGGCAACCACUCAGGGACCAGAGCAGAAUGCAACGAUUCUGACUCUGGGAUUUCACUGAAUGCAAGUUCCAGCGUAGCAUCGCCGGAACACUCUGUGGAAUCAUCUGCCUGUGCAGAUAAGACUUUGGGCUGCAGCGAUUCCGAAAUGGAAGACACGGAUGGUGCUGCUGGAAGGAUGCUGCAGGGCAGUGCUGGCGUGUACUCUUUGCACCUCCAGGAUCGAGUGUUUUCUUCCUUAGGGCCAAGCACUCAAACACAAAGUUUGUCGUGUACAAGCACACCAAAGGAAGAACCCCCUCCUGCUCCCAGCCACCCCAAAGCUCCCUUCACGAAAGACAAACCUCCAGGCCGCCUCGAAGCUCAUCUCACACGAGAUGAGCAGAGAGCCAGAGCUCUGCAGAUCCCUUUUCCUGUUGAGAAAAUCAUCAACCUCCCUGUUGCGGACUUCAGUGAGAUGAUGUCUAAGGAGCACUUCAAUGAAGCCCAGCUCACGCUCAUUCGAGAUAUACGCAGGAGAGGCAAGAACAAAGUGGCUGCUCAAAACUGCCGUAAAAGAAAACUGGAAAAUAUAGUAGAACUGGAGCAUGAUUUGAGUAACCUAAAAGAUGAGAAAGAGAAGCUGCUUAAGGAGAAGGGAGAGCAUGACAGGAGCCUUCAUCAAAUGAAAAAGCAAUUCACCACUUUGUACCUCGAGGUCUUCAGCAUGCUGCGUGAUGAAGAUGGAAAGCCUUACUCUCCCAGUGAAUACUCACUGCAGCAAACCAGAGAUGGCAAUGUCUUUCUUGUUCCUAAGAGCAGGAAAUCGGGGACUAAACUUUGAAGGGCAGUACAGCUGGCUCCUGUUCUCUGAGUUACUAUUUUUGUAUCAUAUCAUGAUAGUUUUUACUGUGAGGUGGAAUGCAGGAUUAGGUAAUGUUUGUCAAGUAAGUCUAUGCAAUGAUAAUUUUCAAGUUGUUAACUAGUUUAUGGAAGAUGCAAGUUGAAAAUUAAUCACGUAAUGCAGAUGGGCAUAUACAGAAUUUUUAAUCUGACUUUAUAACAGACAUUUCCUUCUUACAGCACCACUUUGACUAGUUUCCAUAUAUAUGUAAAUAUUUAAAUAUGCCAUAUUUAUAUACUGUUCCUAUCUAUUGUUAUAUUCAUAGAUUUAUUUCAGAGAUAUAUAAAAAUGAUUUUAGCCUUCUAAAUAUAAUUUCUUGCAAGACAACCAGGAUGGCUUCUGAUAUUUUUUAUAAAUAUGCAAUAGCGUUCCCCAUUUUUCUUACACAUUUAUACUUGCUUUAUAUUUAAUAUAUUUAGUAUAAAAGUUGACACUCAGUGUUUGAUUAUGCUUUAUCAGCUCAAUAAACUUUUUUAACUCUUCUUCAUACACAUUUAUUUCCCUAAAGAAGAGAAAUCCCUGCUAGUUUUCCAAGGCUGUCUUCUUGUAGCAGAAUAAUCAAUCACACAGCAGUGUCAGCAUUUCUAGUGCUCCAUUCAGCUUCAUUUUAAUAACCUUUGGAAAGACCAUGUAACACAAAGUUUCAAGUCUAUGCUAAGCUCCUAUUUUUUGUUUUCCUCCUUGAACACUGUGUAAAUUCAUGAGAUCUUUUCUCCAAAGGUAUUUAAAAUCUGUUAAAGCAUUGUCAGCGUUAUGUCUUUUUCCAGCUAAAAUUUCUGUAGGCAUUUGAGCAAUUCUCCUAGAAAUACACUACUGUGCCUCUGACUUCAAUCAAGGAGCAUCACGUGUCCCUGCUGUUACUCUGGUGCUUAUGGAAAACUGCUUACCAGCAGCCAGCCACCUGCUGUUUGGAAUCUCUGCUCAGUGAAUUGAAAAGCUUUGUGGAGUUUAAAUUAUGAUUUAUAAAAGAAUAAAAAAUGGGCAAAUAAAUAGCAUUGUUUUGUUUACUACUCAAGGAACUCAUUGCACUUGAUCAUUUUGGAUUUUUUUCAGUACAGAAAAUGCAUAAUUUGUAAGACACAUUGAUCUGAACAUUAAAAACUAUCUUCAUUCCUGUGGAAGUUCUAAAAGGCAUGCUUGAUUUGAAGUGAUUUUUUCUUUCCAUUGAUGGUCCAUAUAAUUUAUCUAUUGCAAUAUUAUGCAUAAUGUCAUUUAAGUGUAUAUAAAAGUUGUUUUGCAACACCUUAUGGUACAUAUUUCUAAAAUAAGGAAAUGGAGAUGCUGAGAAAGGGUAGAAUAGGACCCACAAAGAUGGUUUAAUAAUACAGUAGGAGAAGAGCUUUAAAGAGGAAUAUCAGAUCAGGAAUCCAGCCUUCCAUUAUCUCAUUAUUCACAAAGUUAGAGUAGUGUUGAGUAAAAUUAUACAGGUUGCUGCUGAAUUCAGUCUUGAUAUUUUUAUUCCCAAACUUUCUUACUGUGCUGGAGUUGCAAGUCCAUCAGAAAGCACCUCAGCUGGCUAUAAAAGCUAAAAUAACAAUUUUAUAUCAACCUAAUUCCACAUCACUUUUUGUGAACCUUUUGAGUGUCCUCAACCCCUGUGCAUUUAGGAAGCAGGGAAAGUGUUGUCACAGGAUGCUGUGCAAGGGCUCCCAUUUCCAGCUGUUCUGUGCUGCUUGCUGCUUUCAUCCAACACUCCAGUGCAAGCCUUUUCACCUGAACAUUAGUUUGGAGCCUGUAAUAGUGUGAGGACCAGUUUUGGUUUUCCCCAGCUGCACUCAGUUGCAGAUUAUCUUUUACUGUUUGGUUGGCCACAGUAGCAUCAGUCAGUGUAACUCCACAAUCAGCUGUUGGUUUUAUUACCCACAACCUUUGUCACCUUUUUGUCACCUUGUCUCCGUCUUGCUGUGAACUCAUUUAUGGGUUCUGGAUGGCAGAGGCAUCCCUGGCACACUCUCCCUGCCCCGCUGCAACAUGGCCUUGGCAGGGCUGGGGGAGGAAAAGCAGAGCACCACCAGCUUCACUACAAAGGUAUGCUUGUUCCAGGGCAGCAGAACACCAGGAAUCAUCAUCUUACUGACUACAUGCUCUUUAAAAGGCUCUUUAAACUGCCAAGUGCCAGGACCAGAAGGAAGUCUUUAGUACUUAAACCUGGGACUAGCAGCUGUUCCAGCCCUACCUACCUCAAAAGAUUUCAUGUGGUUUCUCACUUACUGCUGCAAACUUUCAAGCAAGGUUGUGCCCUGCAAAAGGUUUGACGCUGCAAAUACAAUGAAGUCAUGAAAAUAUUUCAGCAUCUCAUGAGUGCUAGAAACCAUGUCUGUUAGAGCUGUGCUUUUGCAGAAGACAAUGGGAAAUGCAGAUUUAGGUGAUCCAGCUUACCUUAGUGAUCCUGACCUUCCCUGUUAGCUGUGUGCCAGGCCAUCGCUGUCCCAUCCUUGACACACUGAAUGCAGAAACACUCCUCUGCUGGGAGCAAAUGGUCAGCAACAAUGGUUGAAAACCUGGAAGCUCGAUUUAAUGGACUUCACCAUCUCGAGAUACUUCAGCUGGUGCCUGGCUCUCCUAAAUCAAAGCUACUGCAGCAGCAGGGGCUGUAUUGCCUUCUGAUGCUGUUAAAAUGUGCCUCCCAGCUUUGCCACCAGCUUCUGCUCAGGAUGGAAAACCCCAACAAUUGCCAAGCCUGGGCAGGCACUGAGGGAAUGCAAGCUGCUGCCACUUAAAGCAAGAGGAGUAACCCCUAUUUGAAGAUGGCAGUUUCAGAGCACAGGCAUCAAGGAGAAGGCAGACCCAGCCAUGGCCCUGGACAGCCUUUCCACAUGGAUACACAGGAACUCUAACACAGGCAGGGGCUGAUGGCAAAGCAGAGCACCUAAAAAACUCCUGGGUUGCCCUUGCCAUUAACUGUACUAUCAAAUGUCUGUCAAAGAAAAUUCUCUCUACAGCUGCGAUAUAAAUACUUUUAAUUAUAAAUUGGCUAUAAAACAGACAUCUCAGUAAACUCCUGCCCUGCACUUCCAUUUGUUCUUUAAUUUGUUCACUAAUGUGAAAGCCAAAGGCAAACAGCGUCCUUACAGCCUUUGCAGGGACUGCUGCAUUUGUACCAUUCAUUUGUCUAAAACAUAACACAAAGAUGUGUCUACCAUUACCUAAACAGAAGUGCAACAAAAACCUGCAGUUAACACAGCAGCUUUCUUUGAAUUUCAUCAGGUGAAGAAUCAGUCUAAAGUAACUUGGUAUGUGACAACCUGCAUUCAGUUUAAAGCGGUGUUCUCCACAUCAACACAGUGCAUGCUGCUCUCGCAUCAAACCCCCCAACACCAUUAAGGAAAAACCCCACAUUAAUCAUAUAAUAACAUCAUACUCGUAUAAAAACAUCAGACUGCAAACUGUAAGCUUCAUUUUAUUAUUACUGAGGUACAGAGUAUGUUCCCACACCUGAGUAACUAGUGACACUGCCAAGCCAAAAGCAUCACAAUGCUGACCUCACACUAACAAGCUGCCACAUGGGUUUAAAACUAUUCAUAAAGCAGAAAAGCUGGCCUGAACCAGGGGUUUUUGGCUUGCAGUCCCAAGUUGGAAAGAUGAUCCUGUAAGAAAAGGUGUUGCAGUAAUUCUAGACCACUGUAUUCUUCACAGCACUAAAAAAAGGUGAUGCCAACGCAUUUUAGAUUGUAAGUCAUUUGACAAUACACACUUUAUUCUGAUACAAAAUUGAAAUAUUUUAACAAAUUUCAAUCCAUUAUGGACUAUAUUGAAAUUUUAAAUUUCUGUGCUAUUUUAACUUGUUUAACCCCAAGUUUCAAGAUGUCAGCACACUAGCACCAUUGCUCUUGAAGUCUUUGCCAGUUACACAAUUUUAUUCUGUUUCCAAUCUUGCGAUAUUAUCUUCUACAUGAAGGCCAUUUUUUCUUCUAUGGAGAUACUUGGAUUACUUUAGUUCAGGAAAAAGCUAAUAGAGAGAUGUCAACCUGUAGCACCCACAGCAGAAAAAGAAUCAUCCAUCAGAGAUAUGUGAAUUUCAGUGAUACUCAAGAUCUUACAUGCUCCACACAAUUUAAGAUACACACACUUGUCAGAGACCACACACUGAUUUCUGAAUAUUCCACCUUAGUGUAGACACUACAUGAAAACACGGUAAUGUCUUAAACACAGGAACCAAAGACAGCACGUCAGUAUACCACACAGUGACUGCUUGAAAAGAUUAGAAACCUUAAGUAUUGAAAGGAUAUCAAAGUUAAGAAGUGUUUAUUGCAGUUUUCUGUAACAGCACAGUUACCUCCGUCAGUCUGGGCGGCUUUGGGGGAACCCUCCCUUCUCUACCUGGAAGUAUCAUUUUUGUUAUCAAAUAAAUUUCUAUACAACUGCUUUGCAUCUUUACAUCCCCAACUCCGUUUAAAGCUGCUAUUUUCAACAGAAGCCAAUGAACAAAAACAUGCCCAUGAAACAAUGCUCUUAACUCCUUAAAGUGCCUCUUGGACAGAGAUACAAUUAACCAAGUAUUCCCUUAAGAAUGUGUUUAUUUUGGUCAAAAUAAUUAUUUCUGAACAGAUUUGGCUAUAAAUAACUGAAUUUAAGCAAAUUAAUCUUAACAAGAAUGUUAUAAAUCAAACUGUGAAAAUAAUUCUAACGGUGAUUAUCUGUUUCUGUAAGUGCAAAAAGACCCAGCCAGAGUACAGAACAAGUCUGCAGCAAUGCAGAAUCCUCUCAUGUUAAGGAAAGGUAGAGCUUCACUCUAUACACAGGCCUAGUACCAAGGCAAACUACAAAGUUUUUGUUAAAAAUUAAUUUUGUUAAAACAUCUUCAAAAUUUUACUGUUUAAAAAAUCCAAAGAUCACUGCAAGGGCAAGAGCAUUUGCCUGCACCUGAGGGGCAAUGCUGUUCCCCAUUACCUGUUGCUGCACAGAUGCCUGUGGGAGCUCUGCCAAGCAGAGCAAAAGCACAGCUUUCCCACUUUUAGGUCUAAGAAAGCAGACUUGUCACCUCAGCAACAAGCUGCCACACUUGGCUAAGCACAAACUUGUCCUAUGUUUUUUGAAAAAUAUAUGCAGUUAUCAUGACACUUUUAAUUAAAUAGCUUCUGAUUUUAUGAAAGUCUCUGUAUGAUACUUCCAAAUUACAUUUAACUGUGUAUUACAAAGUCAGGAAUUACUUCCUGGGAGCCUACAGGCAGCAGGUAAAAAGUUUAAGUACUUGAAACAGUUUGUGAACAUGCCCCUGCCUCUGAUUGGGCAGGUUCCAUCUGACUACUUUCAGAGCAAUUGAAGUAUAACACUAAAAUGGAAAUUGACUUCCUGAGAAUGCAGAGGCUCAGAAAUGUAUUUGGAAGUUUAAACAGAUCCCAAAGUACUGAAUAAAAGGACCUGUAACAAUCAAAGAUGCAGAAAGGAAAUAAUACCUGUUCCAGUCUGUGUAAAAUCAAGAUUCCGUGAGAAAUUUUUAUUGCCAUUUAAUUUGCCUGUACAAAUGCCAUUGUGAUUUCAGCUGGGUAUCACAUGACAGUAUUAGCCUCAACUACCCUGCCUGAAAGCACCCAGAAUCUGAAAGGGAGCUCUUUGGUUUGUACACAUAAAUACAACAUCAGCUGGUAAGCCAAGAUCCACUGCCUAGGAGGGAAAUCCCAGCUUGCACAAAUCCCAAGCUCCCUCCCAGAAGGGGUGCAGCAGCAGCAGGCCUUCACACACUGCUGAGACUGAAGAACCACUUCAGUGCCACUGCUGCUCUGGGCUGCUCUGGGCUACCUCUUUCCAUGACAAGGCACAAAACAAUCCCCCCCACCCCCGCACACUCCCCCGUAAGCAAAACACA